AUGAAACGUCAUAGCACCAACAAUAGCAAAUCUCAAAGAAAGUCUUUUGUCCCAACAAGACACUCGCCAUUGGCGUCAAAAUCUUUUCUGAGUAGCAGUCGUUCAAGAUUACACAGACUCUCUUCAGCAACUUCCAAUGGUCUAGGAGCCCCAAAUUCCAUGGAUGAUAUAACCGAUUCGAGUUUCUUGACAAAACCUGACAAGAACAGCGCUUAUUCCGAAGAUGACGAAAUUAAACUAUCAUCAGAAGACGACGAAACCUUUCCAAUGAUAGCAAUUCUCAUGGAAGCGUUCAAGGGUGCUUCAAAGUCAUUUUAUGGUGCAUUGGCCGCCAACGUCAAGUGGGUCACUCAUCAUCCCCAGCAGUAUAUUGUCAGAGCCGGCGAACCUUCCAAAGCAUUUUAUAUCUUGAUGAAAGGUACAGUGGCCAUCACUUCUCCUGAUGGGGAAACAGUCCAUGCCGUGCUUCAUCCAGGGUCAUACUUUGGGGAAAUCGGAGUACUCUUCUCAAGACCUCGUACCGCAACAGUGGUGGCAAAGACAAAAUCAUUAUCGGCAAUCAUCACCAGAGAAUCACUAAAUAGCUUGUUGUCAAAUCAUCCAUAUGUGGAAAGAGUCAUCCGUGAUGAAGCCCAGAAAAGGUUGUCGCUACAGGAAAAUAAGCGUGCAAAACGGCUCAGCAAUCAAUUGAAGCUCGAACCACCACCGCAAUUACCUGAAGCACCGCCAGCAAUAUUUAUCAAUGAACGCGAACGGAAAAAAUCUAUCAUUCUACCAAGUAUGAUUGAUCUUGAAAAUAACUCAACCAUCAAAGUACGAGAUCCAAAUUCCCAGUCCCCCCAUCUUUUAUUAUCAUCACCGGCAUCGAAAACUGAAAAUACUUUGACCGAUCUUUUCAUCCCAAUAAGACGCCUAGCUGAGAGACUUAAUAUCUCACAUGUUGUGCCUUUCAAUGUUCUUUAUGAUUUCGCAAUGCUGAAUACGAUAGUCCACAAGAACCAAAAUGAAUAUAUUUUUAGAAAAGACGAUACCAGCAAAGAGGUAUACUUUAUCUUGGAGGGUAAAGUGCAAGUUGUCGAUUCCAUAAAGAUCCGUUUUGAACGAAGUGAAUUGAAAGGUACUCGUUUUGAAAAAGUGUUGGCCACUUUAAAUCAAUACGAUUAUUUUGGUGAAAUGUCGUUUGUUCACCAUUAUGCAGAAACUAAGAAUUUACCAAUGGAUUAUGAAUAUUUCAAGCAGCGAACUGCGAAUGUUGUGGCAGCAACAGAAGUUACUUUAUUGGUAUUUUCUUGCGAUGAGCUUCAGAAAUUAUGUGAUAAAUAUCUGUCAAUUUUUACUGGUUUCGAAAUAGAGGCAGCAAAACGGUUGGAUGCUAAUAAAUCUUUGCAGAUUCCAACAGAUGAAUUGACACCGCCACCAAUUGUGUCCAGUUCUUCCUCCUCCUCCUCCUCCUCUUCUUCUUCUCCAGUAUCAGCAAUCCUUCCAAAAUUUGAUGGCGACGGAAUAAUGAACUCCAUUGCUCCUCUUGACACACCUUUCAACUUUGAGUUUGAGAAACCUAGGGAUACCUCCGCGCACAGCCAAACAAAUAUUAACAACGAUACUUCAUCAUUGCCCUCGUCGAUAAAAUGGAAUUCCAAUUUUAUUUCCAAUAGUGCUAAUAUUUAUGGUGGCAAGCAAACCAGGAGCGAGGUGGAAGGCAGUAGUGAUGACUCAAUUUUUUCAUCACCCCAAAGGCGAAGAUCUUCAAUUGCGACGGUUGCGUUUCACGAUUCUACAGGUCUUUUUAACCAUCAGAAAGCCUAUAGACGACAAUCACUUUUGCAUAGUAAUAAUAAUAACAAGCGGCGUUUGUCGGCGUUUGAAUUAUCAGAUCGCUUGUCAUCAUUGAAAAGAGAUCCUAUCAAUCUUUCUUCACCGACUAUAAAUCCUUUGACUCCUUCACUUAACAAUUUUCCCGGUCAGAAUUUUCUACCAAGGCACCAGCCUUUCAAAUACAUGCCACAUACCAAACGAUUGAAGUAUUCUUAUAUCAAUAAUAGCAACGGACGUCGCCCAUCGUCACUUCUCAGAUACACCCCAUCAUUACCAGAUAAUAUUCUUAUUGAGAUCUUCAAGCUCUUGGAUAUCAAAGAUCUGAUGAAACUUCGGCGGGUUUGCCAACGUUGGAGGCGGAUUUUAUAUUUCACUCCAGAAUUAUUUAAUAGAUUAGAUUUGUCAGUGUACCAUACCGCAAUAACCGAUAACAUUUUGAUUUCUAUUGCUGAUUUUGUGGGGACCAGAACUCAAUUGAUAGAUAUUAGCAACUGUUAUCACAUAACAGACAAAGGAUUCAGUUAUAUGAUCAAUGAGCUUGGAAUCAAUGGACAAUUGAAAGUAUUAAGAAUGAGAUCAGUGUGGCUCGUGAAUUCAAUGUCAAUUAUGGAUGUGGCAUCACCUAGUGUUGGAAGUAAAAUUGAGGAAAUUGAUCUUGGGAAUUGCAAAAAAGUAAGAGAUGAAGUUAUAGAACGACUUGUGGGGGUUCCGGGGAGUAGCCUUCGUGCUGCUUUACCUUUUGGCUGUCCAAAUUUGAAACGUCUCAAUCUUAGUUAUUGUAAAAACCUCACCGACACCUCAAUUUAUCAUAUUGCCAAUUCUAUGGCAGAUCGACUUGAAUACCUUAAUCUUCAACGAUGCACCACCAUCACUGAUCAAGGUUUCCAGUACUGGGUUUAUAAACGGUUUCCUAAUCUUCAUACCUUGGUCUUGUCUGAGUGUACUUUUCUAACCCAAAUCGCGAUUCUGGCAAUAACCUUCGCCGCCCUGAAAUUAAGGGUUUUAGAUCUUUCAUUCUGUUGUGCUUUAGAUGAUUCAUGUCUUGAUAUAUUAAGAUUUGGUUGCCCAUCUCUUGAAAGAUUGAGCCUUGCAUUUUGUGGUAAUGCCGUGAGUGAUAAUCUGCUUCUUUCAUUGCUGUUGCUGUUGACAAAAUUGAAAAAAUUGGUUAUCAAAGGGUGUAUUCGUGUCACUAGGGCUGGGGUUGAUAUAUUAUUAUCCGGUUGUUGUCCAUUAGAGUACCUUGAUAUUUCACAAUGCAAAUAUGCCCAUGUUUAUCCUGGGGGUAUUGAGGCGGUGAAACUACCGAUUAAAAAAGGUACAAGAUCCAGUUUUAUUACCACGUCCGCCGAAAAGGGAAUUGUGGAGAUCGUUCUUUGA